UCUCCUAAACAUUUGAGUUUCAGACAUUUGUGCGGACUGGGUAAGCCAGCAAGAACUUUAACGGACGUGAGAAGAACACAUUGGUACAAUGAAGUCUUUAUUCGGGAGUCUCGUCUACUGCCUUUUCCUCUUUGUGUCUGAUGUAUACGGAACGUACCGUUUGAAUGGAUUCGAUCCACAGCAGGUUACUGCUCAAAGUUAUGCACAACAUAGAAAUAUUGCCCUUCCACCGCUGCGGACGCUCGCUCCUUCAGUUCACGCCAGUGCAUACAGGCAUAGAGGCUAUCACUACCACCACCAGCCACCAGGGAUCCACCUGCCCGUGGUUUACCAACAACCUGGCCCUCUAUCUCCACCCGUGGCUUACCCCAGACCCUCUGUCCCCUUAAGACCUUACCAACACAGAUUCAAAGGGCGAGCGCCACCGGUGGUGUACAACCUAUACCAAGACCUGUCACCUCCAGUAGUUCACCACCACCUGUUUAAAGUUUUUUUCCCACCAGUGAGCCACCACCACAAAUUCAAAGGUAAAUGUCCACAAAUUUUACCUCUGGUACAGCCUAAACCUACUACAGUGCCAACGACCCCUGUGGUGUACCUACCCACCACAGUUCCAACUCUACCAUCAGUGACUACAUUGCAACCGGUGAUGACCACCUUGCCACUGGAGGUGACCACCACCCCCGUGCCGCCAACACUACCUGUCAGUACCCAAAGCGGCGUCGUCAUCACCACCACCAGUGUGGAGACAGCGACCGACAAUUCGUGCAGGAGCCGUCCCCUGGACCUGGUCUUCAUCAUCGACAGCUCCCGCAGCGUGCGCCCCGGCGAGUUUGAGAAGGUCAAGAUCUUCCUGGCCGACAUGGUCGACACCUUGGACGUGGGACCAGAAGCCACCCGUGUGGCCGUGGUCAACUAUGCCAGCACGGUCAAGAUCGAGUUCCUGCUCAAGGCUCACCUGAACAAGCCCAACAUGAAGCAGGCUAUCACCCGCAUCGAGCCCCUCGCCGCCGGCACCAUGACUGGCCUGGCCAUCAAGUCGGCCAUGACCGAGGCCUUCACCGAAGAGUCAGGCGCCCGGCCAAAGUCGAAGAACAUCGCCAAGGUGGCCAUCAUCGUGACAGACGGGCGUCCUCAGGACCAGGUGGAGGAGGUGUCAGCGGCUGCCCGGGGGUCCGGCAUCGAGAUCUACGCGGUGGGGGUGGACCGAGCCGACAUGACCUCUUUGCGGCUGAUGGCCAGCAACCCUCUGGAAGACCACGUGUUCUACGUGGAGACCUACGGCGUCAUCGAGAAGCUCACCUCCAAAUUCAGGGAGACCCUGUGUGGUGUGGACCCCUGUGCCAUGGGACACGACUGUGAGCACAUAUGUGUCAGCAGCAACGCGUCCCAUCACUGCAAGUGUCGGAAGGGCUAUAUCUUGAACCUGGACCAGAAAACAUGUACUCUGAAACAGAUGAAGGUGGUGGUGGUGGAGGACCCUUGUAAGUGUGAAGCCAGACUGGCUUUCCAGAUGCAGACACAGGCCGCCCUCCAGGAGAUCACUGCCAGACUAGCUGACAUGACAGGAAGAGUGGAACAGAUUGAGAACAUUUUGGGACCUGUCUAAGGGGAGGAGGAAACGCAGGGUCAGCCAACCUCUGAUGGCCCCGCAGCCAGUCGUCACAGUCACGGACCACUGCAACACAGGCAUGUACUACUACUGCUGUCCUCCAUCACAUCAGCGGACAUCGACAACAACAGACAGUGGAACUUUGGAUAAACAACACUGCAACAGCUAGACGGAAACAAUGUCAGUCCAUGGUUCUUUAAACAAGCUAUUGGACUUAGGUCAGGACUGUAUCAGGGAAUUAUGGGGGCUAACAGUGUCAGUCUGUCCAUAUAUGAGCAUCAAGUUCCCACGAAACGUUACAGUAUAUAACGGUAUACACCUUUUAGAAAUGUGCUAAAUACAUUUUCAUCAAGUCUGCUUCAGUGAACACAUUUGGAAUUUGUUUUUGGAAGUUUCUUUGAAGUAUAUUGAUUUUUUUUUAAAAUAAUGUUCAGUAGGGAUCAGUCAGUGAGGGUCAUUGCGUUUAAGAUUUUGUUUUAUUUUAACAGAUUUUAGACAUGUUAUACAAUAUUUGAUCAUUUCCAAUCUGGUAGAAAUAUGUAAUUUUUGUUUUUUGUGCCCGCCAAUUAAGGUAUUUUUGUUAGAUUGUGUCAGUGCAAAAUGUUGAACGCUAUAAUGUGAGGAAAAUGUACACCCCCAUGUGUGCUGUGUACGUCAGAAUAAAAAAAGGAAUGUACUGAAUAUGUGACAAUCAAGACCAGGAGAGAAAAUUAUUUUGCACAGUGCCUUUAUCCAUUGAACUACUUGAUGAAUAUUAAAGGGGAAGUUCAGUAUUUUA